CGUCUGGGAGUCAGCAUCGUUUGGUAUACCAAGAAGAGAUCCAUCAGCCCACCAUCAACGAUUUCACCUACCUUAUCAGCUAGUCAGCGACAGACACCCACUCCAAUUUAUAUAGAUAGGCAAAUCGUCCACCUACCCACACUCUCUGCUACCCAUUUUCCCACCAUUCCCAUUUCUUGAUUGAUAUCUUCUGAUAAAACCAAGAAGCAAGGUCUUUUUUUUUUGCCCAGAACCCACGAAGAAUAUGGAUUUCUUAGAGUCACUGGAUCCCCAGAUCCUUGUGGGUGCGGCUGUGGCUGUUGUUGUUAUUGCGGCUGCUGCUUAUCUCUUCUCCUCCAAGAAGCCCAAAGUUUGCUUAGAUCCGGAGAAUUUCAAGGACUUCAAACUUGUCAAGCGCACACAGCUGAGCCACAAUGUGGCAAAGUUUAAAUUUGAACUUCCAACACCUACUGCAGUUUUAGGCCUUCCAAUUGGACAGCACAUAAGUUGCAGGGGCAAGGAUGGGCAAGGAGAAGAGAUUAUCAAACCAUAUACCCCAACUACCUUGGAUUCUGAUGUUGGAUAUUUUGAAUUGGUUAUAAAGAUGUAUCCUCAAGGAAGAAUGUCACAUCAUUUCCGGGAGAUGCGCGUUGGAGAUCAUCUUGCUGUCAAGGGACCGAAGGGGCGUUUCAAGUAUCAACCUGGCCAAGUUAGAGCAUUUGGGAUGCUUGCUGGAGGGUCUGGAAUCACUCCAAUGUUCCAGGUUGCAAGGGCAAUAUUAGAAAACCCAAAAGACAAAACGAAGGUGCACUUGAUCUAUGCCAAUGUGACAUAUGAAGACAUUCUUGUAAAGGAAGAGUUGGAUGGCCUUGCUAGUAACUACCCUGAUCGCUUCAAUAUUUACUACGUCUUGAAUCAGCCUCCGGAAGUAUGGGAUGGUGGUGUUGGCUUUGUCUCAAAGGAAAUGAUUCAAGAGCACUUGCCUGCCCCAGCGCAUGAUAUUCAGAUUCUGAGAUGUGGUCCACCCCCGAUGAACAAGGCCAUGGCUGCUCACCUUGAAGCACUCGGAUAUGCACCGGAGAUGCAGUUCCAGUUCUGAUCCUUCCGUAUGGUCUUCUACAAACGAUGUAAUCAGAGCUUUCGCGGGUUGAGCAAAGGAGUUCCAGUCGUUGGAACAAGUGAAUUUAGCACAUUCUUUGCUUUAAAGUGGAAUGGAACUUUUUACACGGCAAAUGUACUUGUUAAGUGGAUUUCUUAGGUUCAAGAACGGAUGUUGGAUCUUGUUUCUGAUGGUUUGGGAUCGGAAUUUUGGAUUAAUCCUGGGAAUAAAUUCACUUUACUACAAAUUAUAAACAA